CGCCUUCUCCCCCCGUUCCCAGGAUGCCUUGUGGGCGCGGGACUUUUCAGUGUGCGAGGCGGUAGUUGGCAGUGUGAGCUCUAGUCAGUCCCAAGGUUUGGAAUCCUCUUUGGGGCAAUUUACACCUCAAAAUCAAAUUCACACCUCAAAAUCAAAUUCACUCCUCAAAAUCAAAUUCACAUAAAGAUUUGACAUUGUUAAAAGACAACAGCAGAAGAGCAAUGUCAUCUAAUGAGCAAGAGAAUCUUUUAUCUUACAAUGGGGAAGUCCUUAUUUUUCAACUGUCACAAGGAGAUUUGGCAGAAGAAGGAAUUACAAAAACAUCCAAAUUACAUGUGAAAAGAAUGACAUUUGAUAGAAGCACAAGAGCAUUUAUUCAGAAGUCCACUGGUAUAUUUAGCUUUCAUGGAGAAUGCUCAAGUUUUGAAAUAAUCUGUUGCAGCUGUGCAGCAGAUUUCAGAACAGGAAUUAAUCUCCCUUGUGUUUUGAUAAGAAGAAACAAAAAGAAAAGUGUUUUCGUAUAUUUUUUAUUAUUACUUCAUAAUUCUAAUAAGUUUGAACAGCGAAUGAAUUUUACAUUAGACUAUGAGAUGAAGGAUGACAUAAAGAUACUUAAUGGUCCAUCAAUCUUAUGGAGACAUAACAGAACUUUCUUUUAUAUUUCUUCCAAAAAUGACAGGAUUAUCAGUGCUCCAGUUAAAUUUUCUUCCAUCAAGUGGGCAGGAGAGUUUGAAAAUCUAGGUAUUAUUUUAUUUGGAGUAGAAGAAUCUCAUUCCACUAAGAGAGAAAGUAGCCAGAAGUCUUCAGAGUCAGAUUAUAUAAUUUGGGGUACUGAAUUUUGUGCAUAUUCUAUUGAAAAUCAAAAAAUAUUAAAUAGUGCAUAUUUUUUGCCUCAUGCUUAUAGCAGUGUGGUAACGUGUAUAUAUAUUUGUACAAUUAAAGUAGUGAAUACUAUGUUAAGGAUUUCAUUGGUUGCUUUAACUCAAAAGAAUCAACUUAUUUGGUUCCAAGAUGGUGUCCCUAAAAGACUAUGCCAGCUUCCAUUUCAGGAUCCCUGUGCAUUACAAGUUAUGGCUUCAGGUGGCGGAGACUUACUCUUUAUUGUAUCAUUUAGAUCCAAUGAUGUUUGUGCUAUCUGGAAAAAAAGCUUUCAGGUUGCAUCCAAGUGGCAAAAAGUUAAAUCAGUCCUGGUAGAUGAUUUUAUUGGCACUGGAACUGAACAAUCGUUGCUAGUUUUUAAAGAUACAUUCAAUACAAAUUGUCUGACUUCAUUCAAGAUAACAGAUCUUAGUGAUGUGAACUAUUCAAAUGAUACUUUUGAUCCCAUGGAGAAUAAUUUAGUUGAAGACAACCUGCAAGAAAAUUAUGCUCUUACAAUCCAGGCUUUGGAAAGAAGAUUGCAAGUUGGUUUGGCCUCGAUUCAAGAAUUGCAGAAGCAUCUCCUACUUAAGGAAAGAGUGCUUUCAAAAUCUUGCAAAGCUUUAGUAGGCCUUGUUCAAAGUAAAGAAUAUAUUCCACCAUGUGAAGAAGAGGACAUUCUUGUUUCUCUCUGUGGUGAUAAAAAACACUUUCCCCAUUCGUUGGAUGAAAAGCUAUCAGACACAUCUCAUGAUUCAAAAUAUAUAAUAGAGAAAAUGUGGUAUCGUGUGCUGGAUGACCACUUGGUUGUUGGAGUAGAAAUCAAGAAUUCUUUUAUAUUAUUCCUAAAAGAUGUGACUUUAUCAUUGUUAGUGGAUCAAGCCUAUACUUCCAACCCUCCACUUAUUCAGUGUAAAAACAGUAUGAUCAAGUUGAAUAAGGUGUCUUUUCCUACCACAUUGUCAUCUCCAUAUGAAACUGAAUCAGAAGCAAAAAGAAUUAAAUUGAUCCUUCAUAAUGAGGAAAGAAAAAACAAUUUUCAUAAACAGUCAUCAGAGUCUGAGUGCAUGCAGGUAUUUACAGCUGUUACAGCACUUUCACCACUUUUGGCAUUCCAUAAUUUUUGUUGUAUUGUGUUGCUACAUGCCAGAUGGGAAAAAACUCAUGGCCAGUUUGGAGAGAGCUGUACUGUGCCUUGUGGGAGACUUUCUUUAAGUGUGGAAGACAUUUCCAGUGGAAAACAUUCGGUAACCUUACCAGAGAAAAGCAAAUCUUUUAAAGAACCUAUUGAAGAUCUCUUUGCACUUCUUGCAGUAUUUCAUAAAUUUUGUUUCCAAAUAACAUCACCUGAUUAUACAUUGACUUCAGUAAAAACCUGGCUUUUUGAACACAUGGGAUGUGAAACAAUCAAAGAAUUUCCAGAUUACUUCCUUUGUACAAUUCUAGGGGCUUUGCAUGGGACACUCUUCAACUGGAAACAAAAAACACCCUUUGAAGGAAUUUUAACCAUAUAUUGCAGGGCUGCAUCUCUGAAGCACAGCUGGACUGGCAUUUCUAAUCAUUAGAGGUUCCUUCAAUGUUCCCUGGACUCAGACCUGGACUCUUCAGCUGUCAGGGAGGUACAAAUCUCUGUGGUUCUGUUGAGGCUCCAGCCAAAUCCAGCUAGCCCCAGGGUUUUCCACUUGGUGUUUCUAUGAAACCAACCUAGAGGAUUUUGUACUUCACACUAGUUAAUCUUCAGCCUAGGGGUCUUUUUUGGGGGGAAGGAGAUAUUUUGGGGUUGUAUCUGGAGCAUCUCUGUUCUGCCCCCAAGUCUUUUUAGUUUUUUACCAGUUUAUGUUUACCCUGAGGCACAAAUUUGUUCUGUUUUGGGGGAAAAUCUGGAGAGCUUGAAAUUUACUGACCUAUCUUGCCUCUUCCAAGGAGCUUGAAAUUUACUGAUCUAACCUGCCUCUUCCCAGAAUCUUCUCUGAUUAUAUAAAUUUAAAAGUUUUUGCACAAACAAAACCAGUGCAACCGCAAUUAUAAGAAAAUCAGAAAACUAGGGGAAAAAUCUUGCAACAAUUAUCUCUCAUAAAGGCCUCAUUUUUCAAAUAUAUAGAGAAGUGAGUCAAAUUUAUAAAAAUACAAGUCAUUCCCCAAUUGAUAUAUAGUCAAAGGAUAUGAAUUGAUAGUCUUCGGAAGAAACCAAAGCUAUCUAUAGUCAUAUGGAAAAAUGUUCUAAAUCACUAUGAUUGGGAGGAGAGUAAAAUACAGAGACUAGAAAGAUAGGAGAGGGUUAGGUUAUGAAGAGCUUUAAAAUCCUAACUGGAUUUCCUAUUUGAUUUUAUAGCUAACAGGGAGCUACUGGAAUUUAUUGAAUAGAGAAGAUGACAUAGUCAUUUCUGUGCCUUAGGAAGAUAACUUUAGCUGAUGAAUAAGGAAUGGAUUAUAGUGGAAAGAGACUUGAGAAAGGGACAGUAGCCAGCAGUCUACUGCAGUAGUCCAGGCAUGAAGUGAGAAGGAGCCCAUAUAAUGUAUAUGAAAGAUGUUCUGAAGGUAGACACAAAAGUUAACAAUAUAUUAGGUUUAUAUUUUUUAUAAUCAGUUGAUAAACAUUAAUUAGAUACCAAUGAGGAAGACUCAAAGAUGACAUGAGGUUUUAAGUUUGGAUGACUAGGACACUAUUGGUGAUGUACUUGACAUUAAUAGAGAAAUUAGGGAAAAAAGGAGAGCCUGUGGGGAAAGAUAAUGGGUUUAGGUUUUUAUAUGUUGUCUGAGUUUCUGUGAGACAUCCUAUUCCAGAUCUCUGUUAGGCUUUUAGUGCUUAGUGGAGAUAUGGAGAGUAACAAUUGUUAGUGAAAGUGACCUGGAGGAAGAUCCAGCAAAGGAGACUUAGGAAUAAUAAGAGAGGUUGAAGAGGAACCAACCCAGAAAGGAGAUUACAUAAAACAUUAACAUUGCUUGGCUACAAUUAUUUUGCUUAAGGAAAGGAUCAGAGACAGGAUAAGAGUGCUUCUUACCCACCAUUUAUCCCACUAGAAGUUGCUGUGUCUGUGAUUGUUGAUGGAAGAAGGUUCUUUAAUUUUAAGAAGGUUGCUGUUGAUGAGGAAAUACUCUUCCUUUGUAAUAGAAUGCUUGAAAUUAAAUUUGGCUCUAAGUUAGGUACUGUAAAUAUUUGUAAUACUAUAUAGAUUGAUAUUGUAUGUAUACUGGUUAUGUAUUGGUUGGCUUUUUAAAUUAUUUUUUCUUUUUUUAAACCUUUUGUUUCUAGAAAAAAAUGACUAGAUAAGGAAUGGAAGAUAGAAAUAUAUUUGAACAUAAAUAUUUUGUAGGAAAAAAGGCAUUAUUUGAAAACAAAACUUUAAAGAAAACAAGUAAAAAGAAAUUAAACUUGUCUUCUUCCUAUUCAUCCACUGUUGGGGGAAAUGGUAUUUUUCAUUUUUAAAUAAAAAGAUGAUAACCUUUUAUCCCAGUCAAUUGAAAGAUUGGUUUUAAAUUUGUGUUUAUGUCAAUUUUUAUAUAUUCUUGAUACUCACAAAAAAACCAGAAUAAUGAUUACAUAGGGGAAAAAAUGAACCAGAAUGUCUGACCCUUGUCUACUUGAAUAUCUAAACAUACAUUCUUGUAUUUGUAUAUUUGCUUAUGAUUACCUGCUAUUAACAUGAGUUUCUAAAAACAUGUUUUAUUAAACAGAGUAUCUGUUUAGUAUUGAAUAGACAGCAUUGUGUCAUGAUGAAAUAUCCUGAUAAAUUUAUCAGGACUGAAGAUUAUGUUUAUUCCUUGUUGUUCCUAAUUAUUUUUUAAUUUACUUAAUAUGUACAAGCACAUUCACUACAUUUUUAGUGAAAUACUUAGCAGAAUUUGUCAGUUAUUUUUCAACUUUAAAUUCUUUUUAACCAUUUCUAGAAUAGAAAAUUGAAUAUUCAACCAAGAUACAUAAUAAACACCAAAGUUAUUACAACUAAUAUCUGUUGAAAUUUCGAGUAGGUACUGUUGCACUUUAAAAAGAAGGAAGAAUGAACUCUAUAUUCUAAGUUCUUAAUGUGCUUUUGUUUUUUAAAUGCACAUUAAUGCUAACACAUAGUCAGAUGGGGAAAGGAAAUUGAGAUGAAAUUAGUGAAACUGAAAGAGGAAAACAUUUCCAAUUUUUAGAGAUUAAUGAGCUUUUUAAAAAGUAAGAUGCUUAUUUAAGUAUUUUAAAAUGACAUUUAUACCAACAAAUAUGAUACAGAAUAAAAUGGGAGAGGAGCAGAUCUAUAAAGAAAAUACUUUCCAAAGAAAUGAAUUAAUUUCUUCCAGAUUUUAUGAAUUUAUAGCUUAUAUGAGAAAGCAUUUACAUAUAACUGGAAAGGUAAAUUAGUUAACUUUACAUGAUUCAAAGUUUAGGAAGUCAUUUGUUAGAUAAUCCAAAGCAAAAUUCAAUUGGAUUUUAUCCCUGUGGGUCUUAUUUGUCAUAUUAGCAGCCUACCUCAAGUAAAUGAUGUUAAUUCUAUUCAUUAUCGAUUAUAAAAUACUAAUUGAGAAUUUGUAAUGUGUUAAAGAUGUUGUACAAGAAACUCAGCUUUAUGGUUUUUAUAAAAUAUUUUUUCUUCA